AGCUUCUAAAACGUGAAGCAGCUUGUCUCAUCUUUUUUCUCCCUGGUUUUCUUUUCUCCCUUUUUUUGGUGGUGUUAAUGUUAACGAGGUAGGGAGUUGACGGCAGAUCAAUGCAGAGGUUGCCAGUGGCUUUUCGGUCCGCGUCAUGGCUUGAUCCUGUCGCGUCCGUCCGCCCUUAUGCAGGAAACCAGACGAUUUGUCGGUCUGCAGGUCCAAGACGGCACUUGGGCGUCUAUGCACCUCUUUGCCGCCAUCUUGCACCAACAGACGCGCGGAUCAAGGGUCUGGGCAAAGAGAUAGCCGACGAGUAUGCCCUGCUCAGGGACAGUUACAAAGCCCCCAAACACCCCAUCGUACUUGCCCAUGGUCUGUUGGGAUUCGCCGAGUUGAAGCUGGCCGGAUCCUACCUGCCUAGCAUUCACUACUGGCACGGAAUCAGAGAAGCUCUCAGUGCUAAUCAUGCCGAAGUCAUCACCGCCUCGGUGCCCCCAAGCGGCUCCAUCGAGAAGCGGGCCGCCAAGUUGGCCGAGGACAUCGAAGCCCAAGCGCACGGCAAGAGCGUCAACAUCGUGGCUCACAGUAUGGGGGGCUUGGACGCCCGGUACAUGAUCUCUCAACUCCAACCCACCAGCUUCAAGGUCAAGUCUCUCAUCACCGUGGCCACCCCACACCACGGCAGUCCCUUUGCCGAUUAUCUCAUCGACGGCAUCGGGCCAAAUUAUCUGCCUCGUUUAUACCAUCUCUGGGAGCGGACGACCGGGUGGGAGCCGAACGCCUUUGCCCAGCUCACGACAAAGUACAUGGCCGAAGAGUUCAACCCCAAGACCCCGAACAACCCGACGGUGCGCUACUUUUCGUACGGCGCCACGGUCAAGCACAAACCGCCGUUGUUGAGCCCGUUCCGUCACGCUCACCGCGUGAUUGAAGAGCGCGAGGGGCCAAAUGACGGCCUCGUCAGUGUCGAGAGUAGCAAAUGGGGUAGUUACAAGGGGACCCUACUGGGCGUCAACCAUCUCGACUUGAUCAACUGGAGCAAUAGGCUUCGAUUUACAGUGCAAAAGUGGAUGGGCCACCCACCGUCAUUUAAUGCAGUGGCUUUCUAUCUCGACAUUGGUGAUAUGCUGGCUGAGGAAGGGUUGUAGGCCAACGCAGGGUUCAUAUCCCAAGACCACUUCAAGUCUAGGCAACUACUGCUUUCGCCAGCCUUUCUAGGCCACCCGACGCCGGCUAGACGCUUUGGGGCCUUUCCGGGUAGCUGCACCGGGUGCAGAAGAAGGCCCGGGACUGAACC